CUCUCUCUGAAGAUCUAUCUUGCUAAACAACUCGCAAAUCCACCGAAAGAACUUCUGGCUAGGCAGGGUGUGUGUGCUGCAGCUGAACUUGUGCGCCGCCGUCGCCAUGGUUCGGGGAAAGACCGUGCUGAAGAAGAUUGAGAACACCACAAGCCGGCAGGUGACUUUCUCCAAGAGGAGGAGCGGUCUUUUCAACAAGGCCAAGGAGCUUUCUGUCCUGUGCGAUGCCCAGGCCGGAGUCCUCGUCUUCUCUAGCACCGGCCGCCUCUACGAAUUCUCCAGCACCAGCAUUAUGGGAUCGAUAAUCGAAAGAUACAACAAGGCAAAGGAGGGCCAUCAAUUCAUGAGUGCGAGCACCGAGUCUAAGUUUUGGCAAGCGGAGGCAGCAAGGUUGACGCAGCAACUACAUAACUUGCAAGAAAACAAUAGGCAGUUGCUAGGACAAAAUCUGUCAGGCCUAGACUUUGAAGACUUAAAGAGUUUAGAGAAUCAGCUGGAAAUGAGCCUACAGAACAUUCGCCUUAAGAAGGAUGAACUUAUGAUUGAUGAAAUUCAAGAGUUGAACAGGAAGGAAAAUCUUAUGCAUCACGAAAACGAGGAACUACGCCAUAAGAUCAACAAUAUUCAUCAAGAGAACGUAAUUUUGCAGAAAAAGGUAUAUGGACAGCAAGGAGCAGGUAAAGCACAGAAAAGUUCUGCUACUGAGUACAGCUUUACUGGUCCAGCGGACUAUGUGGAUCCUGUUCAUCUUGAGCUAAGCCAAGCACAGCACGUACCAAAAGGGAAACCAGAAGCACCAACCUUGGGCAGACUUUGACUGCAUCGGUUAGUACAACCACCAGCAAACUUACAACCAGGAGUUGACAUUACUGAGAGGACUAUAUAGAUAAUUAUCCGCACAACUGAGAGGGUUCAAGUGCACAUUCUGUUUACCUAAUUUCAGUAUCAUUUGAACACACUUUUCCAUAGGAUUUCCUUGUGAUAUUUGCACAUUGUGUUACGUGUUUUCCUGUAAAAUCAUAAUAUAUAUACUUGUGCAGUCUCAGAUUAAAGAUAAAUUACACAUUCAAGAAACUGCUCUUAAUACAUGGAGCAUUCCAACUUA